AUGUUUGUUCCGCAUACUGUUCUUCCGGCCUUCGGGCUCGCCGUCCUCUCUCUGGCUGCAUCAGUUCACUCUCUGCCUUACAGCUAUUGCAACGGCAAGAAAGCGAACGUGACGUCGGUUUAUACGGUACCUGGCACCACAACACUCGAGAACCUCGCAACGCGGCGCAAUGGCAAUAUCCUCGUCGCCUCCAUUUCAUCGCCGAUCCUACAUCAGUUGUCUCCUACGAACGAACACCCUCCGAUUCCCGUUGCCAGCAUAGACGGCGUUACCGGUCUUCUUGGAAUCUCCGAGAUGGAGCACGACUCUUUCUACGUCGUUGGAUCGAACCUGACGUCGACUGAGAACUCUAACGGAGUGUGGAAAGUCAAUCUCCGCAACUUCGAAAUUUCCCGAAACGGCACUGUCACCCAGCCUGCCGAAGUUUCAUUGGUCCAGCGCAUGCCCUCAGCAAAGCAGCUCAACGGCAUGACCCGUCUGGCAGCGAACGAUACGAAGAACCUUCUUAUUUCGGAUUCAAGCGCGGGGACGGUCUACCGUCUUGAUGUCGAGACUGGAGUCUUCGAUACGGUUCUCGAGGAGCCUGAAAUGGCUCCGUUGUCUACCGGUCUCAGCAUCGGCGUCAAUGGCAUUCGCAUUCGCGGCAGCGACCUCUUCUUUGUGAGCUUGGACCAGGGUCUGUUUGCAAAGCUUCCCAUCUCCCUUGCCGAUGGAUCGGCAGCUGGGCCUGUCCAGGUUCUAGCCUCAAACAUCACCUUCGGCGACGACUUUACGCUGUCAAAGGACGGGAAAUGGGCUUAUGUUGCCACAAACGGUCCUCAAGAGGUUCUCAAAAUCGAUGCAGUUAGGGGCGGAAAGGAUGUUCUCGCAUCCUCACCCUUUCUGGGGUCUGCGUCGUCCGUGGCUUUGGACAGAUUUCAACCUGAAAGGAUUCUCUAUGUGACCGGCGCGGCAACGGCGGGUAAUAGUACUAUUGGCCAACUUUCUAGGGUUGCCCUCCAGUGCUGA